AUUUCCAUCCGUGCGCAUAUCAAUAAUACCAUUGUCCAGCUUCGAUACGACCGACACAGCAGGGGGCAAGCCAGAGAUCAACGGUAUUGUUCCGCGACUCGAGCGAACAGGGAGCUCUCCAGAUUUCACGAACUUGUCAGCUGGCACUCUCGAAAGUUCUGACGCAGGGAAACGGGCAGCGCAAAGCAACAGCUGUCCCGCGCGUCACCGCUAACCUCAAAACGCCAUUUCUCCUUCAUCUCAACCUCACAACCAACCACUCCUCCAGACACCCCCGUUCCGCCGCCCUCGCACCGCGUGGUCGCCGAAAAUGUCAGCCUCCUACUACACCCCCCAGCGCCCCUACUUCCCCUCCCCUCAGCACUCGUCCUCCUCUUCCGCCGCGCGACCCGCCGCGGCCGGCACGCCCGCCCCGCCGUCCUUCACGCCCGCCAUGCGCGACCGCCAGGCCCGCGGCAAGGACCCGUACUCCCCGCACGACAGCCCCUCAGACUCGGACCUCGAGUUCGACGGUGUGGACUCGCCCUCCCGCGGCGUCGGCUCGCUAGGACACCUGGGCCCGGGACACGGGCACGCCCACGGGGGGGCCGCGACGGGAGGAGGCGUCGGCGACGGCGACUCGCAUGAGGUCAGGAGGCGCAAGCUCUGGGCCGUCUCGGUGCUCGAGGAUCCGGAGAGGCUUGCCAUGUACGCGUGUAGUCGCGGAGACAGCAUCCCCGGCACCCGCCUCUACUUCACCCGCAUACUGUGCGGCUUCGACCAGGAGCCCGCCGACCCCCGUAAGACCGCGUCUUCCUCGCGGCGGGACCCGCGCCGGAGGAGCGCCGGUGGCGAGCGCAUGGGUCGGCACUGACUGGCGGGUGACGUGGUCCUGAGGGGUGUCCCCUUCCAAGAUCAGCUCAUCCUGUGUUCAGGGGACGGUGGUGAACGGCUUAGUGGAAACUGAGGAGGGGGGGGGGUUUCGAUUUAUGAAAAGGCAGGCAAGUCGAUGACAACCGUUCUUGUACUUGGAACGGCUCUGUUCACCGUCUUACUCGCCGGGACGGCGGUCGCUUCCGAGAUUGUGCUUUUUGGUCAGGGAACAAUAAUGAGAAACGAGGUCAAGGGGUCAUCAGUCACAUGGAUUCAUCGGCGUUUAUGAGCUUUGUUAGGUCUAGCCGCUACAAGGGAAUUGCUUCAAUCAACAGGAAA